AGCGCGGGAACUGUACACGGUAUAAACAAAUAAAUCUUAAUAAAUGUUUAAAACGUGGAAAAUUCAAUGCAUUUUGGCACCCAAGAGGUAGCAGGAAGAAGCCGCGAAGUCGCGCUUAAGCAAAAAACUUAUCGGUAGAUAUCCACGGCACAAUGGCCGGGACGCCAACAACAAUGCCUGAUAUUCGAAGAUGCGUAGUUAAAGUGAAACGCAUUAAGCCCAACGAAAGUGUAAUAUCAAAGGGAAAGGAGUCAAUCUCCAAACUAAAGGGGGGUAAUAUUUCAUCGCGUGACGCUAUAGCAUGCGACACGAGUGUCUUUCAACCAUGUCGCAACUCCACGAUGUGCGUGGCCAAAACCCCCAAGGCGCAAAAGAUGAACGUCACGGCCGCCAAUUUAACAAGCGCAAAUAUAACACCACUUCGCAUACGCCUCAAGCGGAUGCGUCUGCCCAGUCCCAAGCCAGUGGAGACGGCGACAGCGACAACAGUGCAGCCGGCAGCUACAUCGCCAGUUCAUGUGAACAAAGGCCCCUUGGCUAAGCCGGCUGAGGCAGAGACAAACACAUCAGUGCAGAGCAUAACUCCCGUUCGAGUUCGGAUCAAAAGACUCCCAGUGGCUAGGCCAGCGGAGACAGCAACAGCCGCGCAGAGUACCACAACGCAGGCCAGUGAGCAAGGGCAUCGGUUUUUCCACAGAGAUCAGCCACCGACACGAACACGGUCUUCCGUCACCCGCAACGUCUACGAGUUCCUCUCUCAAUCCCAGAUUGAAGAUGGCAAAUGUCGCGAGGAUCCUGCGGCUGAUAUAAUCAAAAAAAUGGUUAAGGCCGGCAAAGCGUGUGUAAUGGUGCGCUCCAAAAAGGAUGGCAAACUUCGUGCCAAGCCCAUCAAGAAGGUCAGACCAGUGGGCAAGCGAAGGCAAUGCUCUCUGAAAAAUUUGGAAAAUGCCAAGCCCAAAGAGGACACGAUAGUGGACCAGAUGCCUACGGCGGCGCCCUUGUCGCCGAUUCCCGAGCCCCAUCAUGAUGUGGAUAGCAGUGAUGUGGAAGCACCCAACGCUGCACCUUUUGAAGUAUCUGUGAGUGUGCAUAGCCCCCCACAGGCUCGCUUCUCUGUCCAACGGAAGUCAUCAUCGAUGCAGCACCACCCCAGCCCAUCCGCAGUCGAUGGCGCCUACAGCCAUUUGGCACGUUCUGUAUUGCUUCAUGAAACCAAGACACACGAUCCACAAAACUCAAUGGAGAGACGCCGCCAACUGGUGAAUAUGGCGCGCAAAUUUGUGAGCACACCGCUCAAUCGUAAGAGCCCCAACAGCAAUGUCACAGCAUCGGCGAUAUCCCCGAUUCCACGACAGACUGUGCUGGUCAGUCCAUCGGGUGGUGCCUCGCCCUGGCGAGUAUCUGACGAGUCGGCCAUGCCGAAUACAUUCGUAUUCGGUUUCAACACAUCACAGCUGCCAUCGUAUUCCAGCGAUCAUAUUCAACGCCGCCGGCAUGUCUAUGUGCCAGACGAAGCAGCGGAAGCUGCACCAGUGGAGGAACCAACCGAACAGAAUCUAGCUAACGAUGAGUCCAUUUGUCCGGCCUUGCAUGCGCACAGCCUGGGAUCGAAUGCAAACGACUCGAACGAGGAAAAUAUGACACCGCCAGCUGGUGCCCAUAAGACCCUGACAACAUCCAAUGAUCAGGAAGAUGUGGAGAACAUUGAAAAUGUUGUACAUUUGCCAAAUCCACGCAGGACGCUGCAGGAACGUGCUCCUCUCAAAGACAUCAACAUAUUGGAUGUGGUUAUGCUGCCAUCGUGGAAGAAGAAUACACAAAACACAACCAUAACGCCCACGAAAGCCUCUACACCCGCAAGGACGAGUUCCCUGGCCAUUCAGUCUUUCGGCUUUGAUGAGUUCUUGGAGCAGGAAGAGAGUCCUAGACGCAGCAGUCCACCAGCAAAACGGAAGAAGACGCUCCACACGCCUAGUAAGUGCGGAAAUCUGUUUGGCUUCGAAGAAUUCAUAGAAGAGGACGAAUCGGCCGCGUGCAGCUCUCAAGCUGCUGGCAAACAAAAUGUCACGCUGCACGAGAAACUGCAGCGACUGAGGGAGCUGCGGCCAACGGGUAAAGAACUGUCACAGGUUUCCAACGCUACGCUGAGUCGUUCAGUCGAAUGUUUUGGCGAGUUGGAGCCAAGACAGCGCGACAUUCGGGACGUGAUGUGCUCCACCAUGUUGGCCGCUGAAACGCCGAAACGGCAAGCUGCACUGGCUGCAGACGCGUCGGCUGCAUUGUUCAGAGACUCGGACCCCGAACCGGAGACAACAUUUGACGAAAAGACACACAGACGCACCUAUGUGAAGGAGAAGCCCAAGCGCAAGCGGAAGCAACGUGUGCAAGUGCUGUACAUAGACAGUGGAUCAUCGGACGACGAGGAUGAGGAGAACGAGCCGGACUCGCGUGACAACAGCGUCGACUCUCCAAAGAAAAGAGCACCUGGGCCGCCACACAAACGCUCACGCAAAGAUAUGGAGCACGAGGCCAAAAUGCAGCAGUUUAUCACCAGCUUCAACAAGGAAUGCGAGGAGGUGCAGCAGUUUCCAAUGGUCAUUGAAUAGCCCAUAGGAUUAUUUAGCUUUUUAAUUUGUUUUUUUUUCGCCCUUCGAUCGUGUGAACUUUGGCUUUAAGUUAAGAAAGUUUUCAUUUGCGAAUUCGAAUGAAUCUCGCUAACAAUUAUCUGUUGUUCGCAUAGGAGUACCCCUUUAUAUUAUGUAUUAUUUCUAUACUAUUCCAUGUAAAUUACCGGAAAAAUAUAAUUUUGUCCACAGUGUCAAUCAGCAUUAAGUAGAAAGUCGGAAUUGUGAAGCCUUUUUUCUGCAUUAAACAUUUAAAAUCCAA